GUGGCUAAUAGAGAAUUAAAAACGAUUAUAGCAAGUUAAUAUUUAAGAUUGGCUUAUAUUAUAGAAAUGCAAUUUGGGCUUAUGUGUGUGACUUUUGCGAAGUUUAGCAACAGCUCUUCGGCUAGCUUUGGCUAUGAAUUCUGAACGUUGGUUGACAAUGCACAAUUUAGCCGGUCGGCUAACUGCUAGCUAGUGCACAGCUCCAGCAUUUCCCGUUAACUUGUAGUAUAUUAAAGAGGCGCACGAGCCAUACAUGGUAUUAGGCAUAAGAUUAGGAAAAGCAGAAUGGCGGAGUGUACGACGUUAGAAAGCCUCCUGGAGAUGGGCUUCGACAGAAACAGAGCGGAGAAGGCUGUAGCACACACUGGCAACCAGGGCAUUGAGAGAGCUAUGGACUGGCUGAUGGAACACGAGAACGAUCCAGACAUCGAUGAGCCGUACGUGCCACCGACAGGGAACGUUCUAGGGUCGACAGAACAACAGAGCCUGUCCGAGCCUGCCUCUGAACCCACCGAGUCUGCUGAAGACCUUUUUGAAACAGGAGAUCCCAAACGACCAAUGACAGAAGAGGAAAAGAAAGAACAGAUUAAGAGGCUUGAGGAGUUGAUGAGGGUGAAGCAGGAGGAGAGAAGAGAACGAGAGCGACAGGAGGAGGUGGAAAGGGAGAAACAGAGGAGGAAACAGGGCCAGGAGCUGCAGCAGAUCCGACAGAAGCUGCAGGAUGAUGAAAUGAAGCAGCUGGCUGAACAGCGCAGGAGAGAGAAAAUGGAGGACCGAUUGGCCAAGCAGAGAGUCAAAGAGAAGAUUGCACGCGACAGAGAAGAGAGAGCACGCAAGUUUGGUGGCGGCUCCUCGAGUACAGCCUCAACAUCUCCUCCUUCAGAGGCCACUCCUCAGUCUCCACCUGAAAACCCGGGCCCUCCCCCAGCCAAGAAAGACUACGAUGAAUGUCGGAUACAGGUUCGUCUGAUGGAUGGCUCUGCGCUGACGGCAGUAUUUAAGGCCCAGGAGCCUCUGGCUGCAGUGCGAGUGUAUGUGCAGAUGAACAGCUCUGAGGGUGAGGACUUUACCCUACUGUCCCCUUACCCCCGCCGUGUCUACACUGACCUCGACAUGGAGAAACCUCUACGCGAGCUGGGUUUGGUGCCUUCUGCUGUCCUUGUGGUUGCAAAGAAGUAAAAGGCAUAAUAGUUUUAUCACCGUUCUUCCACCCCUUCUCGUCCGGUCAACAGAAGACGAAACGGGUUACGAUCAAGGACUGGAUCUGAUUUUAUACCCGUCAUUUAAACAGAACGAACAGGCCUUAAUGGGUAACACAAUAA